AUGGCCAAGUCGGUCUGUAUCGUGGGUGCUGGUCCAGCCGGCCUUGUGGCAGCUAAGAAUCUCCUCAAUGGUGCACCACAAGGAUUUUUCAAAGUAGUCAUAUUUGAGGCUCAAAAAGACCUUGGAGGGCUGUGGCCAACUUCGCGAGAUGACACGGAACGUCAAAUCCACCCGCUUAUGUUCACGAACGGCAGUAAACACACUGUUGCCUUCAGUGACUUGUGUUGGGAAGAUGAGCACAUCUCUCAGUUUCCUAGAGCGUACAACGUCGGUCAAUACUUACGUCGAUAUCAUGAUCGCUAUCUCGACGGAAAUCCCAAUUUUGAGCUUCGAUUAAACAGCCGCGUCAUCCGAACAGAAACAUCGCCAGAUGUUUCUGGUCCGUGGAGCGUCUCGUUCAGAUCUAGCACUGGGACAAAUUUGGAAAUAUUCGACUAUUUGAUUGUGGCCUCAGGUUUCUUUGGCCAGCCCAUCACUCCUCCAUGCUUUGAAAGGACCAAAACUACAGGAAUUCCCGUUUUACACAGCUGUCACUAUCGUGACCUGAAGGGAUUGCUUGGGAAAGGUCGGGCAGGGGGUGGAAAGAUUCUUGUGGUCGGAGGGCAAAUGUCCGGAGUAGAAAUUGCAGGCACCAUUGGCACACAUCUGUCCUCUGCAAUCAACUCCCCGGGCGAGUUUGAGAUCUCUGAUAUCGACAAAUAUUCUAUUCACAAUGUUGUGCCACGCCCAACAUGGGUCUUUCCAUUGUUUACGAGUCCGGAGCCUACUGUCGCAGGGGCUCCAUUCUUGCCAUUAGAUUUUGGAUUCUUCAAUCGCAAUAAUAGAGGCGAGAUCCUGACCAACACCCAGGGUCAUAUUGAUGAGGAGAAUGCCGAAUUCAUGCAUGGGCUCUAUCAGUAUAUGCUUGGUGGUGACCAAUCCGAGUUUUCUCCAGAAAUACAGAUCACGGAAGACUCGAUGACAAUUCAACCACACAUGUCUGUCAGUGACUGGUAUUGCGAAUUUGUGAGAUCUGGCCUCAUCACCGUGUCACACGGUAAAGUCAAAGCCAUGGAAGGAGACACAGCGUACAUCUCUACAGGGCAGGGAGAGAUCAGCGAAAUUGCUGCAGUUGUCCUUGCCACCGGCUUUGAUCCAACACCCUGUCUGAGCUUCCUGCCAGAAGCCAUUCGUGAAAGGCUUUCUCACUCCCCUAAGCACGUCAACCAGCCUCUGGCAUUAGCUUUCCACGGAACCCAUCAUCCUGAUAUUCCCAAUCUCGGAUUUGUCGGCUUUUACCGAAACCCUUACUGGGGUGUCAUGGAGAUGCAUGCUCGUUACCUCACUAAGUUGUGGUCAGAUCCAACUUCGGAGUCACUUCAACGCAAGCGUAUUAAUGACGACUCCAUCCAAAGAACCCUCUCCUUGCGUGACGACCCUCGAGUAUCACAGUAUCCAAUGGGCGAUUAUCCCUACCUGAUGCAGGAGUUUGCCGACGCUUUGGACUUGAAGAUGGUCUCCUCGGAUGAACCAUCCGGGAUGCCAUGCCUCUCUCACAACGACCGCCCAUUGGACAUGUUUCACCCAGCCAGGUAUCAAGACCAUUCUUCGGGAGAGAUCGGAGCCCACGACGCAAGAUUGGCUCGAGACAAGGUCCAAGACAUCAUAAAAUGCUCACUUACUACUCCGAAGUAUGUCGCGCGAGGUGUCUUUCGCAGCCUGUUAGGUACGUGGGACGUGAAAACACUUGUACAGACUAUGCCGCCAUGUCAGGAAGACAAGUCCUGCAUCGGGUCUGUGCAAUUUCUGCUCCGGAAGCAAACGACAGACGGAUAUCAGCACUUGACCAAUGGCCAUCGGGUGGAAUGCGAUGAUGACGGUCUGGAGUACCUGUGCGUCGAAGAACAUGGCUUAGACCAAGAUCGCGAUUCUGUUUGUGUGUCUAACGCUCGUCAUGUUUGGCGUUAUGAUGACCUUUCAGAUUCGCUAAGCGUGUGGUCUGUUGGACUUGAUGACCCGGUGAGAGCUCUCUCGCUGUCUCACAGAAUUGAGUUUGAGCAGCCCGAGGAAGAAAUAGAAAGAGAGGACGGCUGGUUGGCCCGCGCAGAACAUUUAAAGACACCUAACGUGAGCGUUGCUUACAAAUUUGCCUUCCAAGCGGUCAACCUCAUGGAAUGGAGCAUCACGACACUCUUUAAGGUCGAUGAGAAGGUGAUCACGGUGCAAAAAAUCAUGACACGCUAG